GGUGCAAUUCAAAUUUAUAACCAAUUGAAUUUUGUAGCACGGACAUUCUCUUUGUUAAACCCCACCUUCUUCAGAAAUCCCUACCACAAACUUUUCCUUUUCUUACAUCCUACUAGAUCCGUUUCCCUCGACUUCUUAACUACUUCCCCUCUCCCUCCUCUUUCUCUCCCAAAUCAUCGUUUCUAAUCAAUCAUCUUAUUCAUCUUAUUCCUCUUCUCUCUUUUCAAUAUCUCUCCUCUUUCACUUCACCCCCUCACAUAAACCAAUCGCAAUCAUGGUUCAAACCAACGGAGUUUCUCACCACAACCAAGGAACUUUCCUUUUCACCGUAAGACGACUUUUCCUCUCGAUAUCGAUUCUAUUUACUGAUCAUAUUCUUUCUAUAGUCCGAGUCCGUUGGUGAGGGACAUCCAGAUAAGAUCGCUGAUCAAGUCUCCGAUGCUAUUCUCGACGCAUGCUUAGCAGAGGACCCUCUCUCCAAGGUUGCUUGUGAAACUGCCACCAAGACUGGUAUGGUUAUGGUCUUCGGUGAGAUCACCACCAAAGCACGUCUCGAUUACCAAAAGGUUAUCCGUGGAGCCAUCAAAGAUAUUGGAUACGAUGACUCCUCCAAAGGUUUCGAUUACAAGACUUGCAACGUUUUGGUUGCCAUUGAAGAACAAUCUCCAGAUAUCGCUCAAGGUCUUCACUACGAGCAGGCUCUUGAGCAAUUAGGUGCUGGUGAUCAAGGUAUCAUGUUCGGAUAUGCUACUGAUGAGACUCCUGAAUUAUUCCCUUUGACCCUUCAAUUGGCACACAAGCUUAACGCUGCUAUGUCCGCUGCUCGCAGAGACGGAAGCUUGCCAUGGCUCCGACCUGAUACCAAGACUCAAGUCACCAUUGAGUACAAGCACGAUAACGGAGCUGUUGUCCCACAAAAGGUUCACACCGUUGUUGUCAGUGCUCAACACGACGAGAACAUCACCACCGAAUCUUUGAGAAAGGAGAUCUUGGAGAAGAUCAUCAAGAAGGUUAUCCCUGCUCAAUACUUGACUGAGGAGACCAUCUACCACGUAAGUUGCUAUAUUAUUUCUUUCUCUAUACACUGCUAACAUAUGUUGUCAGAUUCAACCAUCUGGACUCUUCAUCAUUGGUGGACCUCAAGGAGAUGCUGGUCUUACUGGCCGAAAGAUCAUUGUCGACACAUACGGUGGAUGGGGUGCUCACGGUGGUGGAGCUUUCUCCGGAAAGGAUUUCUCUAAGGUUGACAGAUCUGCUGCCUACGUUGCUAGAUGGAUUGCCAAGUCAUUGGUUAAUGCCAAACUUGCCAGACGUGCUCUCGUUCAACUUUCAUACGCCAUCGGUGUUGCUGAGCCACUUUCUAUCUUUGUUGACACAUACGGUACAUCUAGCAAGACUUCCGAUGAACUUGUUGAGAUCAUCAGAGCCAACUUUGACUUGAGACCUGGUGUCAUUGUCAAGGAGCUUGAUUUGGCUAAGCCAAUCUACUUCAAGACUGCUAAGAACGGUCACUUCACCAGUCAAGAAUUCAGCUGGGAGAAGCCAAAGACCCUCAAGUUCUAAAUCCAAAAUUAAACUCAAAAUACAACAUCAGUACAUGACUCAACGUCUUUGUACAACCAGGAUUCCCUGAAUUUCUUACGGAUAUCUAACGGCGCAAUGAUUGAUGAACGGCAUGGUCUCAACGACCUUUGGGGCCAAAAUAUGGCGGGAGUUUUUUUAUGAUAUCAUUCAAUUUUUUAUACAUUUGUUUUCAAAGAUGCUUUGAAGUUUGAUAAAAGCAUUAUUUUUCAUGUUUUCUUAUUUGUUUUUCAAGGAUGACGGAUAACAAAAGACAUAAAUGAGGAUAAAAGUCUUUCAACAUAGACCAUAGAUAUGGCGGGUAAUGGAUUAUUACUCUUUGGGGGAUGGGAUGUGUGUGGCAUACAUAGCAUUUCGGCGUUACGGAGAACUUCAACAUCUUCAUAUAGUCGGAGAAUACCUCGGGCAUAUUGUCUUUAAAUGGUUUCUCAGUUGCUAUUGUGUAUGGAACGCAAUUUGAUUCGAUUUGAAUCAAGGAUAGAUAGUCAUCAUGAUAUGAUGAUUAGAUUAGUUUUUUGGCUUUGGAGGGAAUAGAAUUAAGACUGUCCUUCU